GGAUUCUUUCUUCCUAAGUGUAGAACUCUUGCUUUAUAUUUUUGAAGGUUUUCUCUGUAACCAUAAGAACUAGAAGACUUCUUGUUUUUAAAUUGAGAUUAUGGAGAACAAGAUAGGACCCUAAAACCCCUCACCAAAGUGCUGGGUCACUGAUACGACCAGUGCUAUUCAAACCCCUGCCCCCUUGCCAGAUUCCAAAGUCCUGCUGCAAAUAAUGGAGGUGUUAGAGCUGUUCAAAAAAAGUUGCAAGAAUCUUUUAUGGAAAGUGCAAAAUAAUCUAAAUAAUCUCUCCAUUAUAAUAACGUGUAUCUAAAUAUAUAUGUAGAUAAUAUAAAGAGCACCAAUUACUGGCAUAUAUAUAUAUAUAUGUAGCAUUGUUCAUAGUAGGUUUAAUAGAGUUUUACACUGCAAAUGUCUUCCUGAAGGCUGCUCUUAACGAACAGAGGGGUUAGCUGAGUGUCAUGUCUAGAGAGGUAAUAUCUUUUAUUGGACCAACUUCUGUUGGUGAGAGAGACAAGCUCUCAAGCUUUCUCACAGUUUUGUGGAGGGUUUAUUAGGAGGUUGGGGAUUGAUAUCUGGGUUUCUCUCUGACCCAUGAGGUGGAAGGGGUGCAUCUUGUCUUGUCCCAGGAGGAGGAAGAGUAGUAGUGAAGAUGGAUUUCUGCUCCCUUGAGGGAAGGAUUGGCGUUAAUGAGAACAACUGAGUUUUUUUUCCCAUGGGGAGGGGAGAGGAGAGUGAAUGGGGUAAGGGCUGAAUCUCUUGGUCUCUGUGCUGUGGGUAGUGGAGGGUUAACUUUACAGUUCCAUGUCGCCUCCCUCGUCUGCCCCCCCCUUUUCCUGUUGCUUUCUCACCCUUUGCUGGCAGGAAGUUGCAGAACUUAUUAGUUUCAGUUUGUGUUCGGUCUCUUGGUGCUCGAUCUGGAUUGACCUUGGGGGGCUUCUCUGGAGGCGGGGGUCCUAUCAUGGGGACGUAGGAGACCACAGAACCAUGGCCCAUCCGGAGCCUUCCCCUGCCUUGGUGGCUACGCUCAUUCUAACUCUGGCCUGGGUGUGGGCUGAGGAAUGCUUGGGAGUAGCCCCAAACCCAGAUACCCUACAAAUCCAUGGCAUAUCCCUGGGGAGAAAGAAGAGGGAGCUAAAGUGUCAGGUGGGAGAGUACCUACACUCCAACAGGACCCACUGCUGCAUGAGAUGCCACGCAGGGACCUACUUGGCAGAAGACUGUCAGUCAAACAGUCUUGCGACCCGCUGCACGCAAUGUCCUAAGGGCACGUUCACGGCUACGGAUAACAUUUUGAGGAAAUGCAUUAGUUGCCGGCGGUGCCGUUCAGAAUUCCAGCAGAUAACACUGUCUGAGUGUAGUGAAAAGAAGGAUACUGUCUGUGGCUGUCUGCCCAACCAAUUUCAGAAAACAGACAGUAUUUUAUUCAAAUGUCUGAACUGCAGCCUAUGCCACAACGGGACCAUCCGGCAAAAAUGUACAAAGAACAGUGACACGAUCUGUGUCUGUCAUGCUGGAUACUUCCUGCACAAAAAUAGCUGCAACCCUUGCAACAGCUGUAAUGAAGAAGAAUGUAAGAAGGUCUGUGACGCAGUGCCAAGGCCAUCAACUUCCCCCUCGGUGCAGGGUAACUACUGGGGUACAGUAUUGGCAUUCCUCCAACAUUUGCUUCUGCUUUCAAUCCCAUCCCCAUCUUCACAUGUUCCCUUUCCAGUCUUGCGCCUGUCCUUACUCCCACCCUCUCCCCUUCCUUCUGUUACUCACUCAACGUUUCUCCCUCAUCUAGGUCAUACCAUCUUACUCGUUGGCCUCGUCGUCGUGCUUGCAGCUAGCCUUGGACUGCUCUUUGCAGUUAAAUUGAUCAAGCAAUACCGUCAAAAAUUGACAACCGCUAUUUUUUACUCCUGUGUUUCUACGCAGCAGCCAAAGAGGGAGCCGGUAUCUGAAGUAAGCAAGGUUGUGAUGAACGAGAGGAAAGCUUCCACCUUUGCUCCGGUACCACCCCAGAUAGAAAAAAUGUGGACAGCCAAUGCUGUGCCAAGGUCAAUGGUUGCACAAGAGCUACCAGACUGUGUCAGACCUGCUGGAAAGACUCAACUCCCAGACAACCCUGUUGUUCUCUAUACUGUGGCGGACCACGUGCUGCUGUCUCGGUGGAAGGAGUUUGUGCGACGCCUGGGGCUGAGUGACUAUGAGAUUGAGCGAAUCGAGCUGGAGCAGCGGCGCGUGCGGGAUGCCCAGUAUGAGAUGCUGAGACAAUGGAGGCUGCAGAUGGGCCAGGGUGCCACAGUGGAGCGCAUCAGCUAUGUCCUCAACCAGAUGGAGCUGAGUGGUUGCAGCGAGGCUAUCCAGGAGGCAUUGUCCAGGCAGCCCUAACCCCCAUUCUUACCUCCUGCACAGGCAACUCUAACCUCUUCUGCUUUAGUGCUCCCUUCUGUAGCUCUGUCCCUCCUCUUCAGAGAGGAUUCUAGUUCACUCUUUCUUUCUUGUGUGUCUCCACCUCUUUUCCCGACCCCCUCUGGUAUGUUUGUUGGGGUUGGCAGCAGGUGAUGCUGGUGGAAGGUUAAUGAUCACUUUUCAGUGAACCACAAAGUCACUUAUGCCGUCAAACCAAGAGAGAGUCCUACAGCAACUGUCAUGGGGGAGCACCUCCGAAAGGACGAAACAGGCUGAUUCUGUGACUGAAACAUGGAGGCCAACCUACAAUGCAGAACCCAACCUCCCAGCCCUGGAAAGGGAACAUCGACUGGGGCCUAGUCAUGGGUGUUCAGCGGUUGGAUGGUGCCACCACAAGAAAGAGGGAGAAGUUAUCUUCCUGUUCCUCUAUUGCUCAAGGGGAGUAAUGGGGUUUCUCAGGUGCUGAUAGGUCAGGUGGGAUUGGUGCUAUUUCUAUAGCUCUUUUCUGUACCUAAAACACAUGUAAAAGAGCAUUAACAAAGGACAUGUAUAUGUGUCACUGUGCGUGUGUGCAUGAACAAGAGCAAGCGUGCAUGGAUGGGCGCGAGUGUGGCUUUGAAUGUGCUUGCCUGUGUGCAUGCAUGAAUGACUGGUUGAGAAUGGAAAAGUGCAUGCACAUACAGUGGCAUGAGUGCAUCUGCACAUCUCUGCUUACACUCAGGCAAGGCAGGCACGCGUGACUAUGGCCUCAUAUGUGCGUCUGCCUUUGGGUGAUUUGCUUAAUCUGAUUUAACUGAAAAUACGAUGGCAUAUAUUUUGUUAGGAACUUCUGAAUAAUUUCACACUACUUCCCAGUCUCCAUCCCAUGAGUGCUCAGUGUUACAUUCCUCCAAGUGUUAGCCCUUGUGAGGUGUGGUAUAGCUAAGGGCUCAGAUUAUCCUCACACCUUUUGAGCAGGGGUUCUCUGUCUCCUGCACAGGGCCAGGCCAUUUUUUAAAAACUCUUGUAAAUACACUAAACACUCUGAAAUAAAAGCCCAGUUUGUAA